AUGGAGGACGAACUAAAGGCCAUCAGCGCCGAAUUGGCAUCGUCCAUUCGGCGCGAGAUGGAUCUCGAAGACCUCGUCGAUAGACUCCAGUCUGAGAUCAAUAACCCACAAGCCUCCGGCAGGAGGACUAGCGACUACUUUUCCGACUCUGGAUAUAGCUCUGCCAAGUUUAGCGAAUACGACCAGAGCAAGGAAGAGGUCGAAAAGAUUCAACGUCGUGCAGAACAAGAGAAGGCUUCAAUGCGACUGGAACUGACCAACAAGUUGCAAGAUGAACGGUCGCGAAGAAAUGAGUUGGACCAGCAGAUUAAAGAGCUGGCAGAGAAAGCUUCGCAGGUGGAUGUUGCCCAGAUUAAUAACGAGGAUACCAACAACCGUCUUCGAGACUUGGAGCACACAUGCGAGGAUCUCCGCCGCAGGCUCGGAGAGGAGGUGCAGGUAAAGUCUAACUUUGAGGACCUGCUCUCUGUUCUCAAGGUUGAGCUUCAGAGCACUACGAAUGAGCGAGACAACCUCCGCGACGAGAUCGUCCCCCAGUUGAAAUCAAAGCUUGAUGGCCUUGAAGCUGAGGCAUCUGAGUAUGCCAACCUCACCUAUGAAUCAUCCAAGAUGCAGCAAGAGUUGGAAGUCUUGAGACAGGAGAACAAAGCUCUCAAGUCUUCCGGACCACCACCACCACAGCCGGAGACUCGCGCCCGUAGUGCAACCAGCAGCUCGACUCGCCUUGCUCGUUCUAGCUCAGUAACGGCUAUGCCAUUCAUCCUUCAAAAGGCGCCGUCGGGCUUGGGAUUGACCAGGUCAAACACCGUUAAGUCAGGCGUGACCGAAUCUCGAGAGCAGCUGUCGGAGCGCUUGAAGGAUGUCGAGGCCCAGAGAGACGCUCUCCACAACGCAUUGAAGAGCCUUCUCGAACGCCAAGAAUUCCAAAAUCGGGAAAAUGAGAAGAAGAUCAAGACCUUAGAGGUUGAGCGAGAGAGACUGAUGGUGACGUCUCCACGACAAGCUGGCUUCGCCAAGGACAUCUCCAACCUGAGGGUUGAAGUCAAUGUAUUGCGUCGUCGUGCUGACGAGGCGGCUGAACAGAAGUGGCAAGUGGAGAAGGGCCUCGCUGGCCUUAAGAUGGACCUCGAUCGUGCUGAGGGUGAAGUUGCUGCACUCCGUGGACUGUUGAAGGAGAAAGACAUCCUCAUUCCCCCAUCGAUGGCCCGCGGCAGCACCUAUGAGUCUGCGUCUGUUCCUGUAACUUCAGAAUCCUUGGAAGCUGCUUUCCAAGACCUCCAACUUGCCUACAAAGACUCCCUCCUCAAGAUCAAGGAUCUGGAAAGCAGCGGCUCUAUGGUUGUGGGAGACGAGGCUACGAGACUGGCUCUCGAGAGGCUAGAGCAGUCCCUGACGUCUGCCGUCUUCGAGCGCGAUACGGCGAAGGAAGAAGCCUCGGCCUACAAGGAUCAGCUGGAGAGCUUGGCGGGCAGCGAGGUGGCACAUCUUGAGAGCGAGCGCGCUCUUGCUGAUGAGCUCCGUACGUCUGCUCAGCGCGUUGAGGAACUCGCCUCCCAAGUUCAGAACCAACUCUCCGUGAACUCUGAACUCCGCCAGCGCCUCGCGGAAGCCGUCGCCCGUGGCGAUGCCGACCGCAAGGCCAACGCCGACCGCAUUACACGCUUGCAAAGUCGCCUCAAGAACCUGGAGGAGCAACUGCAAGCUGCUCAGAUUUCAUCCGAGGAGCGCGUGGCUCGACACGAGGAGCAACUCAAGGAAUUGAAGGACGCGCAAAGUGUUCAGCUGCGCCGUAUGAGCCCUUCGCCUGGUGCCAGCAGCAUGCGCUCUCCUCGCAAGUCGAGUCUCAGCCCGAUGCCAUCGCCAAUGUUCCCUCGGUCGCCCCGUCUCAUGCCGAAGCAGUCUGUCGAGGAUGAGACGCAGAUCGAGAGACUGCGGGUCAAGGUCGUUGAGCUGGAGACAGCGCUUACCGUUGCAGACUCGGAGAUGCAAGAUGUCAUUGCCCGCAUGAGCACUGCUCAGAUUGAAGUUUUGACGCUGCAGGAGGAGCGCGAAGCCGCGCGACGUGAGACCAGACGUAUCCAGCAAGAGUUGGAAAAGGAGAGAAUGAAGGCGUUCGAAAAUCGAUUCAAGACGCUCGGCAGCUCAGUUCAAUGA